AUGGUUUUGUGGUUAUGGACCCAGAGUGGCAAAACUACAAAUUGUUAUUACUUCCCACUAGUUCACUACCUUAUCAAUUUUACCGCAUUCUUCUUCCUAUUGGCCUCAGUACUUAUCACUGUUUCCAACAAAACCUACUCCCGAGUUGUUCUUAAAAGCCUUUUUAUUCAUCUUGGCAACCUUCCGCUUGGUUGCAUUCUUCUUCUAGGCCAAUCAAUUCAAACAAUGAGGUCAUUGCCACCACCUAGAAUUACCAGGGCAAGAAGAUGGAAGCGAAUCAAACGUGCAUUGAAAAACUUGAUCACCAAAGGGUACAUUUCUGACUAUGGUGUUUUCCAUAGAAGAUCACUUUAUUCACGUCAUUUCCACUCAAUCACCACGGUUCACAAACUGCCAAUUUUAUCAAGAAUGAAAAAGAGAAAGACGGACUUGCAGGUCUUCCAAACAGCAAAUUCGGGUUUGAGGUUUGCUAAACAUCUUAGUGCUUUUGUCGCAAGGUUUUCAAUUCCUGGGUUGAAGGAGGAUCUAUUUGGUUCUAGAAGAGGAAAAAUAAGGUUGUCUUUGAAAGUGUGA